AUGGAAGAAACUUUGAUUCUCUCAGUUUCAGACUUUCCAGAGCUGUAUGAUAUUUCAUCAAAAGAAUACAGAGAUCUAAAUAAGAAGGCGGCGGCUUGGGCGCUGGUUGGCGCCAGAAUCAACAUGCCAGGUGAGGAGGCCAAAAAGAGGUGGAAGAAUCUCAGAGACACCUACAUGAGAAUAAGAAAGACGAUGAAAGAAAAGAAAAGUGGAUCUGCUGCUGGUGGGCAGAAGACAUGGAAGUAUUUCCAAAUCAUGUCCUUCCUGGAGCCAUAUAUAAAAGAACGUGUCACAAGUGGCAACAUGACCGCAGACGACCCUCAAGAGGAUGAGAUAAUUCUCACACUAGAACCAGUGCUGGAGAAUGAAGAUGGCUCUUCUGUUUGCUCGCUCACCACUGACGCAGUCAGUGACUGCAGUAGCCCAUCCUCAGUAGACCAGUCAGUCCAGCAGCCAACCACCAUCCUCCACACACCCCAAUCAUCCUCUCACAAACCUACACCUCAAAAAAGAAAGAGGCCUGCUGACAGCUUUGAAACAUCAAUCCUCAACAGGGUUGAUAAAAUCCAAGCCCAGCUAAAGGAGCCUGAUGAGGAUGAACUCUAUCUACAAAGUCUUUUGCCAUCACUGAAGCGCCUGACAGGAGCCAAGAAAUCGAUGGCCAAGGUGGAGAUAAUGAAAGUGCUCCACAAAUUAGAAUAUGGAGAGGAGUGA